GAGUCGUCUUGCGGUCUAACACUGUCGUAUCCUAUUGUGCGAGAGACAUCUGGAUAUCGAAGAAGAUAUCGAUUUGCGCAGACAUGCGUGAGAUCUUGGUACGGAUUGCGAUCACCUUUGACGACUCCAAAAUCACUGAUCAAUACCGUAUCCUAGGUAGUCGUGAGCAAGUCAAGGGUCGAUGGGAACCUUUGGGAAGAACUCGUGUCAUCCAAAUCCCCGUCGCAAGCAGGAGAGGGACAAACUUUCGAUAGUGCGGAGACGCACGGAGCGGUGUGAGAAGCACGAAACGAGAGUGGUCUUGACAAGCACGGAGUGGUGUGAAAUGGCAUCGCUCUGAUACCAUAUAUGUCUGCUGAUCCGGACUCUGCUUCUUCUUCUACUUCCUCCUCUUCUUCAAGUCCUCCUCAAGCAACAACAACAACAACGACAGGUCCUCUGGUCUUUCAAACACUCCUCGCAGUCUCCGGUCUCUCAGCCACUCCAGCAUCUCUCCGAGAUCUCUCUCUUUACUACGACAACAACAACAACAACCAACACCACUCCCGGCCGACAACAAUGCGUUUCCUCAUCCUCGUCGCCAUGACCAUGUCGGCUGCCUACGCGGCGAGCGGGACCGUCUGCACAUUCGUUGGUGGCUGCAGUAAGCAGGGCGUGCCCUGUAGCAAGGUCUGCUGCGACAUCAAUGGGUGUGGCCGCCCGUUCGAGGCGGGCGAAUGUUACGGAAACAAAAGGAAGGGCUUCCACUGCCAAGACCGCUAGCCGCUACAACGAACAUCGACCGAGACGAUGGGAAGCAUAUGGAAGAGUCUCCGGGGUGGAUCUCCACGAUUGGUGAAUUGGAGGGAGUGAGCCGCGACAUGGACUUGAUGGGUUUCUUUCUUGCUUGCUUCCGAAGGCUUCCUUGUCACUUGCUUUCGAUUGCCCGGUUGCUGCGUGGGAAGUUGUUGUAGAAGACUAGCCCUGGGAGAGGCAUCAGAUAGCAAGCAAUUUGACCGUUGUCUGUCUGU